AUGCGCCAAGAAAUCAAAGAGUUAAGGGAAGAAAAAAUUGAAAAAGUAUCGUAUUCAACAGUUUCUUCAGCUCAAUUUUCCUCCUUUUGUAUGCAAUCUGGUUUUAUCAUUCAGUCUUUGGAAUAUAAGGGGAAUUUGCCAAGGAAAGAUAUACCAGCUUUUAACUGGUCUAAGUACGCCGAAAAUUUUGUGGAACAACGAGAAAAUAUACUUAAUUAUCUUGAAGAGCACCUCGGAGAAAAACUCCCUAGAAAUGUUAUUAUUUCUGAAGUUGCAAGUGAAAGAGAUGCUUUAGUUAAAAAAGCAGGAGUUCGAGCGGUUAUUGAAUUGAAGAAAAUAGUUAAAAGCUCUCAUAUAAAGCAAAUCAUUUUGGAAAUGAUUGCGGCGGACUUGUUUGUGCGUGAUGAGAUUAAAGUUUUUGGUUUACUGACAGACCUUAAGAGCGCGUGGCACUUCUUCUGGCUUGAAGAAGGAAAAAAAAUUAUGACGGUUAAAAUGACGCACCGCAAUAAGGCACUGGAUUUUGCUUGCAAGUUGGCGGAUGUAUACCGAGACCAAUCUAAGGAAGUGAAUUUAAUUGGUCUACAAAAAGUUCAACGUGUGAAGAUACGGGAACUUUAA